CUUACUUCCAAUGCGUCAAGGUUACUCUUUCCCAUAAUAAACCCUUCUCAAUGCAUCAGCAGCUAAAAACUGUUCGAAAACACCUUCCUUUAGUAGAACAAAACAUCAAACGUUCGUUUUGGGUUCACUCUGUUCAGAAUUCUUUAGAAACACCAAAUGUGAAACCUGAGCCCAAACAGCCAUCUUCUCGAAUUCCUCCAACAGUUGGAGAAGAAAAAAUUCGUCUCGACGGUGGUGCCAAGGGCAGCAACAAGCUUCGGAAUAGUUUUCUCUUAUUAGCAUUCUUGGGUCUUACUGGGUAUGCCGGAGGAAUAUGGUAUAGCUUUGAGGAUCCUAAAUUUUAUGAUGCUUUUGCAAAAUAUGCCCCAUUUGGUGACCGUCUUCUUCCUGCAAUUGAGCAUUCUUGGGUUGGCUACAAAUUCUUUGGCGGUAAUAAAAUUCUGAUACGCGAUAUGCCUAAAAUGAUGCAGCCAAAUGCUUCUCAAGGAGUAUCGAGCGACAUUGUAGAACAAGCAAAGCGUAAAGAGCUUGCAAUACCUACUGAAUUGAAGCACAGCGAAGCACCUAAGCAAGAAAGUAAUAAUAAUUCUACCUCUAAGCCCAAGACCGAGUCUAAGGCUUCUGAUGAUGUAAAAGAAAAUGCCAAGACUAUUGCUAUUUCUGAUUUGGGUCUUGAUCAGGAAACCGGAAUUUCUGUUACUGCAGCUCCCGUAAUUAAUCAGACAUUGCAGCGUGCUCACGAGGAAGAAUUAAAAGAUCAAACACUCAAAUUCGAAGCAUCUUUAAAUGAAGCUAAUCAGCUCCGUGCUCAAUUGUCUAAGUUACAAGAUGAACAAAAAGAGCUUUAUGAGAAACGCUUGAACUCUAAGUUGGAGGAAUGGAAUUCGAAAAUUGAAGGACUUUUAACAGAACGUGAUCAACAAUGGCGUGAAUUAUUAGAACAAGAGAAACAGAUCCAGCAAAACAUUCAUGAUUCAAGACUACAUGAAGAACUUGUUCGUGCGACCGCUGUCUAUGAAGCGAAGUUGAAGAAUGAGCUGACGGAGCAAGCAAUUGAGAUGGAACGUAUGCAUCUUCAAGCCGUCAAGGCCCAAGUAGAACAAGAACGUGGUUCAAGACUUGGAAAGUUGAGUGAACUUCGAAGCUCUUUUGAAGAACUUCAAAACUUAGCUCGUGGUGUCAUUUUUGACAACGGCCGUAUGACUAAAUUCAUAGAAGUACAGAAGGCCCUCGAAAAGGUAGAGAAGGAUGUUGAUAUGCGAGAUAGCAAAUCUCUUGAGAAAAAUCUCCAGGAUUUGAAGGAUGCUACUCAGGAAGACCAGCUAUCUGGUUUAGCUUAUAAUGUUAUUGAUUCCACCUUACAGUCUGGUCCGAUACUUACUAAGAAGGAGUUACAGAUGAAGUUCGAUGCUUUGUCAAAAGAGAUUUAUAAGACUUGCUUCCUUACCGUGGACAGCGGAUUUUUGGGUCACAUGAAGAGUAUGGUUUUGAGUCAAUUACCAGCCAGUUUAUUCAAGUCACCAGAAAUUCAAUCGGUUCAGAAUGUACUGAAUGAAGCCAGAUCUAACUUAAUGGCUGAUGAUUAUGAUAGCGUUGUCAAGAGUCUUUUGACUUUGUCUCAAUUGUCUAGAGCUUUGUCAAAGGAUUGGAUUGAGUGUUGCAGGCGAAAGUUGGAACUUCAACAAGCUAUUAACAUCAUCAAGAGUUCCGCUUUGUACGCUUCUCAAAGACAAGAAGAAGCUAAAGAAUAAUUGAUCCGUAAUUUGGCAAUUCACUAAUGUACACUGAUGCCAAAUCAGAGUACAUAAUUUUUGACUUUAAGCAUAAAAGCAGUAAUGAAUACGAAGCUUUAUUUUGAGAGCAAUUCCACAGGAUAACAUCGCGGUCUUUUUUGAGCUUAAGUCAGCGAUAGUUGAUUUUUCGUGCUUCUCAUGAUGCAGGCUUAUGAUUGUAAUAAGAUUGAUUUUCAUGCAAAUUUUUCAUCGAGCGACCCAAGAUUACUUAGCAAUGCUUAAUCUUUUUACAUGAAUUGAUUUGACUUGAAACCAUAGCCAUUACGGAGAAUUUCAAGUGUUAGGCUUAGAAGAACCAUGAUGUACUGCUAUAGUAACUCUUUGUAAUAAAUUGGUAUUUGCUAUUUCUGCAACAUGAUAAAUCAUGUAUAAGAACAAUAAUUGAAUAAUUAGUGUUUAUU